UCGCUCACCAAAUUCAUUCUUUUUACUAAUUGCUCAUGAAUUACAGCGAUAUCUCUCUUGCUGUGGUACUUUGUCCAAGCUAAGUGCUAUAUUAUGCUGCAGAGAUUGGUGCAACACACCAGCAUUUUUAAGCGUCAAGUGACAAUAUCAGGACUCGUUAUAGCUAUGCAGAGUCAUUUACAACAGUAUAGUCCUCCAUAUUCGAGCAGAGUUUGGGAAGUCGGAUAUGGUCAGCAAUGUUUAACACUUGUGUUGGAGAAAAAUUACCAGACGAUAUAUACCCUCGUCCAAGUUCAUAGCGCAGUACUUGUUUCAACCCUUUCGUAACCUUAAGCAAUUGUGGAUCGUAUUAUAAGACAUAGAAGGCAGAGAGCGACCACAACAUGCUGUAUUUCAAAUGCCACAUAUUGUAGCGCCGCAGAUGAUAUACUUACAGUAGAUAAUUGAUAUAGCGCUGAUUCUUUAGCAAUCUUCGAUGAUGCAAGCUUACACCAUAUCCCAAUUUUACUGUUGCGACACAAAUCAGCAUUACCCUUUCAAAGCCUUGUUAUUACAACAUAUGGAUCAUGCUUUACACUUUGAAGGGCAAGUAUGCACCUUAAACAUUGAUUUAAGCUGAUGAAAGCUUGCUCUGUGUCUGGC